AUGUCGUGGGUAUUCAAGCCACUCCUCUGGGCACUGCUUGGUGGUAUUGCUCUGAUGCUCCUAGCUCAUGCCCAGGAUCAAUCAGGUUUCAUAAGUAUAGAUUGUGGUCUAGAGCAAAGUCCCGGCUACACAGAAAGAACUACCGGCAUUUACUACAUUUCAGACUCCUCUCUAACAGAUACAGGAGACAGCAAGUCCAUAUCGCUCGAUUACAGAGAUCAAUAUACACGGCCCUUCUGGUUCCUUAGGAGCUUUCCCCAAGGAACCAGAAACUGCUACAGCAUACGCCUUACGGGCGGCGAUAAAUAUUUGAUCCGAGCAAGCUUCGUUUAUGGAAAUUACGAUAGCCAGGAAGGUAAUUUACCAGAAUUUGAACUACAUCUUGGAGCUACUUUGUGGGAUUCAGUGGCGUUUUCGAAUGUGUCCAGCAUCACAAUCAAGGAGCUCUUGCAUACCCCUGCGCAAAACCAUAUACAUAUUUGUUUGGUCAACAUCGGCACUGGGGUUCCGUUUAUAUCAGCAAUCGAACUCAGGCCUUUACCCACUGCAUCUUAUCCAACACAGAUGCCCAAACAGUCCUUGGCACUUCUGUUGCGCUAUGACGUUGGUCAAACGGCUAAUACAGCUGGAUACAGGUAUCCGAACGAUAUUUAUGAUCGCCUAUGGUAUUCCUAUCCCCGCGAUGAUUGGGCACAAUUAAGUACUCUAUCCAUCAUAAACAACGACCAAAACACUUACCAACUACCAUCUGAUGUCAUGCGUACUGCUGCCACGCCAAAAGAUAUUUCGAGCCAAUUCUUGAAUAUUUCCUGGGUGCCCGCUGAUAAAUAUGCGGAAUAUUAUACUUACAUUCACUUUGCAGAAGUUGCAAAGCUCCAAGCCAGCCAGAUCAGAGAGAUCUCUAUUACCAUAAAUGGAGAGCUCACUUCGGACCCAUUUGUUCCUCGUUACUUGUACACAAAUACUAUUAACAGCACCCUGGCUUUCAGAGGAGGAGGAGGAGCACAAUCCUAUAAUUUUUCCAUCUUUACUUCUGAAGACUCUUUCCUCCUACCUAUCCUCAAUGCGUUCGAGAUUUAUAUGAACUGGCAAGGAGAUCCGUGUGCCAAGGAUUACUUGUGGGAAGGUGUCACUUGUACUGCUAGUGCUCAUGAAAAUGAGUCCCGAUACAUCAAAUCCUUAAACUUGGAGAACAACAAGCUCACAGGCUCAGUUCCAGUGAGACUCAGUGACAGAAGCAAGAAUGCUAACACAAUGCCAGAGGCGCAAGAAGUUGGCCAUACUGAUACUAAGCCCACCCUUUUGAAGCCCCCUUCUGACCCCAGUCGGGGUCAACACUUCUCUAAAGUUGAGAUCACGAAUAUCACCAGUAAUUAUACAUCACUGCUUGGAGAAGGCGCAUUCGGAAAAGUCUACCGUGGCACGCUGGAAAAUAAGGUUGAAGUUGCUGUAAAAAUACUCUCGCCUAGAUCAAGUCAAGGCUUAGAAGAAUUUAAUAACGAGGUUGCGCUUUUGAUGAGUGUUGCUGAUCAUAAAACGUGGUUUCCUUAA